AUGGACGAAAAGCAACAUUCAAAAUCGAGUGCUAGUGGAUCAUCUUCUCCUUCCACAAUAAAUAAACUAAAAAAAUCAUCAUCAACAACAGCAGCAGCAUCACUACCAACAACAACGAUAAGCAGAAAUGCAGUACUUCCUCAAAUUGCUCGUCGAAUUCUUCAAAAUUUUCUUUUGGUAUGGCUCGAUGCCAAUUUGCAGGAAUCAGAUAACGAUUUUAAGAAUUCAUUGCAACAUCUUCGAAAAAUUGUGGCAUCCAUCACAACGUUUACGGAUGCCCAACAAUGCGUUAAUUUCCUAAGGGAAAUCAAAAAAGAAAAGAUAUUUAUGAUCGUAUCAGGUUCCUUGGGUCGUCAAAUAGUACCAGAAAUCGAAGCAUUGCCACAAUUGGAAGCAAUUUAUGUGUUUUGUGGUAACCAAUCGGUUCAUGAACAAUGGGCUAAAAAAAUAAGCAAGGUUAAGGGUGUAUACACAAAAAUAGAACCAAUUUGCCAAGCACUUGAAAUCGAUCGACAACGAUGUGAUCAAGCUAUGAUCCCGAUCAGCUUUAAUGGUCGUGAUGCAUUAUUUAUGUAUACACAAUUGUUAAAGGAAGCACUCUUGGAAAUUGAAGAUGACGAUGUCAAAUCGAUUAAAGAUCUCGUAGAAUACUGUCGUCUGCAAAAUGAUGUUGAUGAAGGUCAAAUUAGGAAGGUCGAAAAUGAAUAUCGUGAUCAUACACCAAUAUGGUGGUAUACAGCGGAGACAUUUAUUUAUCCCAUGCUCAAUCGUGGACUCCGACAAAUGGAUGUUGACAUCAUCCUUAAAAUGGGCUUUUUCAUCCGUCAUUUACAUCAACAUAUUACCGAACUACAUCGCGAACAAAAAGCCAGCAUGCCAGCAAAUUUUCAAGUCUUCCGUGGACAAGGUUUGUCCAUGGAAGAUUUUGAAAAAAUGAAAAAAACCAAAGGGGGACUUAUGUCCUUUAAUAAUUUCUUAUCAACAAGUCGCAAUCGUGAGAUUUCACUGGAAAAUUUUGCACGGCCAGCAGCAUUUAAUACAAGUUCAGUUGGUAUUCUCUUCAUUAUGAACAUUGACACGGAUAUUUGUACAAAUUCAUCGACACCAUUUGCCGAAGUAACUAACAAAGUUGGCUUCUUUCAAGACAAGGAAGAAGAAAUACUUUUUACAACACAUACAAUUUUUCGUAUCGAUCGCAUCGAAAGAAUUGAAGACAAGAAUGCUGAUCGCUUAUGGCAAGUUAAUCUCACUCUAGUGGGUAAUCAAGAUGAUGACUUUAACAAACUCACAUCAGCACUGCGAAAAGAGUUCACUUGGGCAACAGGAUGGGCUCGAUUUGGUCACAUACUUAUUAAACUUGGUGAGCCUGCAAAAGCAGAACAACUCUAUCAGAUCCUCAUUGAAAAGGCGCCUUCUGAUAAAGAUAGAGCAGAUUACAAUCAUCAACUUGGCUGGAUAUAUGAUAACAUGGGC